UCAUGAUAGUGAAGGGGAUGGUGUUGAAGGUGAUGAUGAGCCUAUUGUACCUCUAUAUGUGGUGCGACGAACCAUGAUAAGUAAAGCAAUGGAUGACCCAAGUCAACGGGAAAAUCUCUUCCAUUCCAAGUGCAUCAUUAACCAAAACACUAGCAUCAUGAUCAUUGAUAGUGGGAGUUGUGCCAAUGUUGCUAGUACCACCCUUGUUGAUUUCUUGAAACUUCCCACCACCCGCCAUGAAAACCCUUACAAACUUCAAUGGCUCAAUGAAUGUGGUGAAUUGAAGGUGACUAGGCGAGCUAUCAUCAAAUUCGCGGUUGGGAAGUAUCAUGAUGAGGUGUUGUGUGAUGUUGUUCCCAUGCAAGCGUGUCAUCUUCUACUUGGCCGACCAUGGCAAUAUGAUAGGUCCGUCAACCAUAAUGGGAGAACUAACCAAUACAACCUUGGCCACAAUGGUGCCAAACAUGUCUUGAAUCCCAUGACCCCCUCCCAAGUGGGUGAGAUCUAUAACAAAAUGAGGGAGUUAAAGGAGAAGGGACAUGGUGCAUUGCAAAAGAAGAAUGUGGGGGACGAGGGAGUAGAGGAGAGUAGUUCUCAAGAGUUGAGUGGAAAGAAAGGAGAGCUUAGAGGAAAAACUAAGGUGUCGCUUUUGGCGAAUUGUGGGGAAAUUAGGGAGGAAUUGGGGGAGCGUCAACCGGUGAUUCUCCUCAUGCAUAGG